AUGGUCAACAGGGCAGCCAUUGCGGCGCAGGACAUUGUCUCAGACUACUUUUUGGUGUUUAACAAUGAACUGCAUCGAUUUUUAGAUCCUUUAUGGACUAAAUCGCAACUCUCCAGCUCUCAUGUGCAUACCACCAGCAGAGCUAAGUGGAUCGACUUCACGGAAUCGGCCAGGAGAUUUCAAGAGAGCAGCGAUAGCGAGGUUUCGCUGGAUGAAGAUGAUGACGGUGAGGAUGACGAUGAAGUUGAGAUGGGUGAGGGUUGCUAUGCAGGUGCGUUUUGGACUUCCGAGGAAAAAGAAGUGUUUUUCUAUCAUCUUUCAAGAUCAUCCAUUCACAGAGUUGAUGAAUGGGCUUUUUUCUUGCCACACAAAUCAAAGUUUGAGAUCCUAACGUAUUUCAAAGUGCUCAGAGCUAACUUACAUGAAUUGAAGAGCCUCGACAGUAAGCGUCACGGUGGAAUUCUGCCGAAAGCAGCGUUCCCCAUCGCGUAUGAAAUGGACGAGUUUUUUGUCGAGUUGGAGGAGAAACUUUCCGCAGAGGCAGACCAGAUACUGCGGCACUGUGAGGAAGAGAUGGCGGAAGCGUCUGCUGCGUCAUCUAAGAACGAUGAGGACGAGCUCAUAGAUAUUGAAAAAUGGCGAAAACGCUGGAGUCCCAUGUAUUCGAAAACUCAUAUUUCGGAGUUGAGGCCUGCCUCAAAGGUCGCUUUGGAGUUUUCAAAGGGAUCACUCGAUGAAGCUGUUGCAUGUGUCAAGUCCUACUUACGGAGGCUGCUGUGGUUCACAGUUCUUCCUAACCUCGAAACUAAGCAUAUUCCUAAGCGCGACCUUACAAGCGAUGAGACAUUAACGCAGGCAACUCAAUGCGAAUCUGACGAUGAGUUCGUGGUUGAGUGCAAUUCGAAGUCCAUUUUUCCUCAUGUGGUGACCAAAGACGACGUUUUGCGUGGUCUAGCGUCCAUGCGCCAGGAGCAGCUGAUGGCUCCCACAUUAGCUGAGACAGUUCUUUGGACUUUGAAAAAAUUUAAGCUCAAAACUGAGGAAGGGCGCCUCUUCAAAACCUCCCAGGUGGCGAUGGGCGUUGUGCCCCGCAUCCUGGCCCAUGCAGAGGCCUCGCAUAAUUUGGAAUUGAUCGUCGGAAGCAGUGGACAUGGUCACGUGCAAAAUAUGCCAGUAGAUCGAGAGGCGGACGAGUUUCGACACAUCCAUCAAAAGUUGUAUGUGUUGAACGGCAAAAAACGAAGCCGAGACGCCUUCAUGGAAGAUGACGAAUUGGAUACAAUUGACAACCCGCUAGAGGAAUUGUUGUGUGAUCUCGAGACCCGUCAACUGGAAGAGCUAGAUGUUCAUGCGUCACGACUUUAUCAACAUACAUUGCUAAUGUUCUUAGAAGGUGAACCAGUGACUACCAGCGAGGGGUACUAUUUGAGCUCACCGCAAGUCCCCAUGGAUAUCAGCACAAUUCCCGAGUCAGUCCAACGCGAAUUUCAGUACGAGUGA